ACCUUCCACUACACGUCUUCUUCUUCUUCUUCUCUUUCUGGUUCAUUUUCCUUUUGUUUAAUUUAAACAAUAAUGUCCGCAGAUCUUGGAUCACUCCAAGAUUUGGCGAAAUCAAAAUUACCCAAACUGAACAUUCAAUCUUCCAAUCAAAGCGGAAUCGAAAUCCAUAAAAAAAUCAAGAAUCAAGACGAAAGUAGCAGCGAGUGUUCCACGCCGACCUCAGAGGAAAACAAGAUCCCAGCAGUUUUGUCAUGUCCGGGAGCGCCAAGGAAACCUAGGAAAACACAUGUUUCGUGUAAGCGGAAGCUGUCGGAAUUCGACUUCUUCGAGAUCGUCAACAGAGAUGAAGUCGAUGCGUUUUUCGAAGCUGGUUUUCAUGAUCCCAUCGCGAAAAGAAGGUGCCCACGUACAUGAAAUAAUUAUAUAUAUUUGCUUAUUUAUGGGUUUUUACAUGUAAUUUUAUUUAUUUAUUUAUUUUCUGUGUGCAUUGAAUUGAAAUUACACGCAAUUCCCUACCACUGGGAUUCAAUUUUUUUUAGAUAAAGUCCUGUAAUAAUCAG